UUGGAGGCUUGGACGGUCAUUCGGACUCAGUGCCGCCCAUCACAAUCACAUUGAGUCUUUGCGGGUUGUUGAUUGUUUACUAUCGUCAGUCAUGAACGCAUUUGCUGAGCCCUUUCUCAUUUCGCAUCUCCAACGAGGCCGUAUAUGCAUAGUAGUCAGGCAUCAGAACGCCGGGUUAGGACAGAGCAAUACCGGCAACGCUGGACCGGCAGCCACCUAGCUACGUGUUUGUACUAUACGGCACAGUACAGCGCAGCAACAAGUUCUGGAAGAGCCGUCAUAUGCGACUAUGUUAUUGUUGUUGCGGAUUGCCAACGUCGGGAUGCACUACCAAACACUCAAGUGCACUACCAAACACUCAAGUGCACUACCAAACACUCAAGUGCACUACCAAACACUCAAGUGCACUACCAAACACUCAAGUGCCUAUAUUCGGAGUGUAGGCCAGGAAAUACCUUACGCAAUGCUGCUGGAGGGCCGGUCAGCCGUUUCACGGGUGCAAGCAGUAGACACAGAGAUUUCCGUUCGCUGGAGCCCGGCACGAGGCAACGUAAUGGAGGUACCGUGCUGCUUGUGGAGCGUUCCACCAUGACCAUGAUCCGGGUGCUCGUUUUCGUGAAAUGUGGAAGGGGCAAGACUCUCAACAAUUGAACUGCUCGACAGCUGGCGUGCCAUCAAGGGGGAGCUAGAUGACUUGUUCUGGCGUCGACAAGCGCAAACCGUAAGAGAUGUCCAAGUACGGACGGCGAACUGCAAGGGGGGCGGGCGACAUGCGCUGGCUUCGUGGUUGUAGACUAGCCAAUCAGCAAGUGUUCAAAAAACAU